AUGGAACACCAGCAGUUGUGGUUGAACUCUUUGGCAAUAUGCCUUUUGGUGACAUUAACCUCCGCAGGUACCUAUAUACCCUUACCCCGAUUGGAUGGUCGUAUUGUGGGAGGCCAUGAAGUGGACAUUAAGGAUGUACCCUUCCAAGUGUCGCUGCAGGGAAGUUUCCAUUUCUGUGGUGGUUCCUUGAUUGCCAAACGUUUUGUAUUGACCGCUGCCCAUUGCACCGCCGGCCAUUCCGCCGUUAACCCUGGUUUUAAGGUACGCCUUGGUUCCUCAUACUCCGCCAAGGAUGGUAUCCUUCUCCGACCCCUGAGAAUUCAUCAACACGAAAAAUACAAUCCCAUGAAUAUCGAUUAUGAUUUCUCAAUUUUGGAAUUGGAAGACUAUGAAUUGCGUUCGCUACCCUUUGAGCUGGAAUUUGCCAAAUUGCCCAGCAGCAGUGGCGAUGAUUUGCCUGAUGGCACCUUGGUAACCGUCUCCGGUUGGGGCAAUACCCAAAAUUCAUCCGAAUCUAAUCGUGUGUUGCGUGCUACCCAUGUACCCCUUGUCAAUCAGGAUGUCUGUGCCCAGGCCUAUCUUGGUUUUGGUGAAAUUACUCAACGUAUGUUGUGUGCUGGCUACACUGAGGGUGGCAAGGAUGCCUGUCAGGGUGAUUCCGGUGGUCCUCUAUUCCAUAAGGACACUUUGGUUGGUGUUGUUUCGUGGGGUUAUGGUUGUGCCCGCCCCAAUUAUCCUGGUGUUUAUUCGAGAGUUACUUCGGUGUUGCCAUGGAUUGCUGAGAAAACCGGAUUGGAACCACCGACAAUGCGACCAUCCAAGGGCAAAGAUGCCGAGGAGCUUAAUGCCACCGAAAGGCAAAUUGCCAAAGCGUUAACCCACAACUUCAUGUUAAUCCAAGGGGCGAGGUUACGAAGACAAACGAAAAACAUGUGGAAGUAUUACUUGUUGCUAUCUCUUGGCAUUAUUGCCUCUUCCACCGCCCUGGAGUCCCGCAUUGUAGGAGGUAGCGAAGAAAAUAUAGCUGUCACCCCUCACUUGGUCUCAGUGCGUUACAAAAAGAAUCAAUCCGCGCCAUUUGAACAUCGUUGCUCGGGAACCAUUUACUCUGAGAGUAUUGUCCUCACCACCGCCACUUGCAUUAUUGGCAUCGAACCAAAUCACCUACACAUUUUGGCGGGAUCCAAAUAUCGCACCGGCCACGACAGUUCCAUAUUUUUGGUGGAAAAAUAUCUCCUACAUCCCGAUUACAAUAUUUGGUUUUAUGACAAUGAUUUGGCUUUAUUGAAAUUAUCUUUCAAUUUUUCACCCUUCCCGACCAAGGAUAUUGCAUCCAUCGCCAUUGCAGACGCUCUGCCAAAGGCUAGAAGUUCUCUAAUUGUUUCGGGUUGGGGUACCACUGUAGCAAAUCCCAGUGCCGAAUAUUCGGACACGUUGCAAGUUGCCGAAGUUUCUUUAGUGGAUGAGGAGGAAUGUCACAAAGCCUAUGGUGGAAAUCGUAUAUCGGAGGCAAUGUUAUGCGCUUCGGGUGGCGAGCAUGCUGAUGCUUGUUAUGUCUAUCGUAAUGCUGCCAUUGGUUUGGUGUCAUGGGGCCGAGAUUGUGCUAGCGCGGAUUAUCCUGGAGUCUAUACGAAUUUGGUGCAUUUUAAGGAGUGGAUUGAAACGGAGGUGGAAAAGUUGUAA